UAAAAACGUGGGCCGACCAACGACUGUGCGGACCCAUCGGAGCUCACCAUUAGCGACUCUCCAUCCUGCCACAUCAGCUCCAUGAAUCUGACCACCGCCUCCUCUCUGUCACCGUCAUCCCCUCAAAUCUCGGCUGUCUGGCCUCACCAUCCCAAUUCUUCCCCUUGACUACUUUUAUCUGUGUAUUCUUUAUGACGCUCCAUUUCUGACGGCAGUCAACCGGAAGCGAUCGGUGGAAGGUUUUGAUCGCCGGAGAAGAUGAAAAAAAUGAAAAGCGUCUCGUUGAAGAAGUUCUAUUCGGGUUCGCUUCCGAAGACGUUCUCGGUUUCACCGACGGAUUAUCAGUUGCUGGAGGAAGUGGGUUACGGGGCCAGCGCAACAGUCUACCGAGCGAUCUAUAAACCGGACAACGAGAUCGUCGCGGUCAAGUGCCUCGAUCUCGAUCGUUGCAACAGUAACCUAGAUGACAUAAGAAGAGAAGCUCAAACAAUGAGUUUGAUAGACCACCCUAAUUUGAUCAAGGCAUUUUGCUCAUUUGUUGUCGAACACUCCCUCUGGGUUGUUAUGCCAUUCAUGGCUCAGGGUUCAUGUUUGCAUCUGAUGAAGGCUGCCUAUCCUGAUGGGUUCGAAGAACCUGUUAUUGGGUCCAUUCUUAAGGAAACUCUCAAGGCUUUAGAAUAUCUUCAUAAUCAUGGGCACAUUCAUCGUGAUGUCAAGGCUGGGAAUAUCCUUCUUGAUAAUUCUGGUGCUGUGAAACUUGCUGAUUUUGGUGUGACUGCUUGCAUGUUUGACAAGGGUGAUAGGCAAUCUUCACGGAAUACUUUUGUAGGCACACCAUGCUGGAUGGCACCAGAGGUUCUGCAACCUGGUAGUGGGUAUAAUUUCAAAGCUGACAUCUGGUCAUUUGGAAUCACUGCACUUGAGUUGGCACAUGGUCAUGCUCCUUUCUCCAAGUACCCUCCAAUGAAGGUUUUAUUGAUGACCCUCCAAAAUGCUCCUCCUGGACUAGAUUAUGAUCGUGAUAAAAGGUUCUCAAAGUCUUUUAAAGAAAUGGUUGCAAUGUGCUUGGUCAAAGAUCAAACAAAAAGGCCAACGGCUGAAAAAUUGUUGAAGCACACAUUUUUCAAAAUUGCAAAGCCUCCUGAGCUGACAGUGAAAAGCCAUUUUGCUGAUCUACCUCCACUGUGGGAUCGUGUAAAGGCUCUCCAGCUCAAAGAUGCUGCACAACUAGCAUUGAAGAAAAUGCCUUCAGCAGAACAGGAAGCAUUAUCACAGAGUGAGUAUCAGAGAGGAGUUAGCGCAUGGAAUUUUGAUGUUGAGGAUUUGAAGGUUCAAGCAUCACUGAUUCAGGAUGAUGAAGAUUUUGCUGAAACUAAGGAAGAUAAUGAUCAAUGCACUUCUGGAUCUUUUGUGGAAAAACCAUUAGCUGCUAAUGAAAUUGGGUACAAACUAAAAAAUUUUGAAGCUGAAUGGUCUGAGGGUGGUGGUGCCAUAAAAAUGGAUGAGCAUCAAGAAAAAGAUUCAUCCGACUUUGGCAGUCGAGAAGAUAUUGACAGAUCCGGUAAUGUCAGUCUGAAAAAUGAUUCAGUACCAUCUACGUCUAAACAGGAUGUUGAACCAAGAUGGAAAACUCAAGUUGGGAAGAAGCACCAAACAUACAGCGGUCCUCUUUUACCUUCUAGUAUGCAUAACAAUUCUUUGGAAAGGGGUCAGACCUCUGAAAGAGUUGAUGCUGAGAAUAUAUUGGCGACUGAGAGAUGUAAACGUGAUUCACGAAAGACUCCAAAUUUGAGUGGUCCAUUGAUGCUUCCAACUCGUGCCUCUUCUAAUAGUUUGUCUGCUCCUAUACGAUAUUCAAGUGGAUACGGAGAUUCUUCGGAGGAUAAAUUUCGUUCUAAUGUGGUACAAAUAAAAGGAAGGUUUUCUGUUACAUCUGAGAAUGUUGAACGCCUAAAGGAUGUUCCUAUGGGCACAAUUCCACGAAGAUCAUCACAGGGUUCACUACUUACAAAAUCUGGAAGCGUCGGGGAUUUUCUGGUUUCUAAGCAAGUGCCUCUUAAUCAGCUCGAAAAGGAUAACAUUAACGGCACAUUACCUGCUUCUAUUUUGAUGCCUCACCUACAGAAUCUUUUUCAGCAGACUUCGUUUCAACAGGAUCUUCUUACUAAUCUGUUGAAUAGCCUCCAACAAAAUGGUUUUGUUGAUGUUAUCCAGGCUGGCGUGCCAUUGAAAACAGACAACCCUGAGGAAGACAUUCUGGUUGAUACAACUGUUACUGAAAGAGAGCGUCUUCUGCUUGCUAAAAUUUCUGAGCUCCAAACCAGGAUGAUUAGCCUAACUGAUGAGUUGACUGCUAUGAGGAUGAAGCACGUUCAAUUGCAACAACAGUUGAGCACCAUUUAUUCUCAAGAGGAAGAUAGAAAAGAAGAAUUUCAUGAGACCUGAUUUCCCUGUAUAGUGAGGUCUUCUGUAAACUCAUCAAGUUGAGGUAAUAAGCUCAUGUCCAGCCAGAAAUCCUGUAUCCAUCUCCAAUCGGCCUACUCCUAUUUUCUCAGAGCAAGACCUUGUAGAAAGAGGCACAAUCAGCAAUUUUUAGUUUCUCUUAAACGCUACGCAACCGACACACGAGCAUUUUCUUUGGAAAAUUUCAAGAUCACACAAUGCUCUCUCUCAUUUAAUUUUGCACAAAAGCUGAAGGAAUGUUGAUUUCUUGUGGCAGCAAGUCUCUUUUCUUGUUGAAGAUAAGCUUGUUUUUGCUUUGCAGUGGGUAAGUGUGAUAAUCUUAUAAUCAGAUAGCUAUCUUUGAACUUCAAAUAUGUAUGAUGUAUAUGACAUUUGUAUACAUUGUAAUUCAUUUAUGAUAUAGUUCAUAUUAAUGAUUGUUACAUAUUUUAGUGCAUGAGCUUUGUCUAGUGGAACAGUGCCAUAGAUUCGCGC